GGUGGACUGACUGACUGUGAUUUAACAGCAUGACAACCUUCGUAACGAGUGAAACAUUAGCUGGUUCAUAUAUCUUCAAAAUGGCAACACCGCAUAACUGAAGUGAACUGAAGAAACCAGACUGAAGAAAUGGCUUUUUAUAAAUAAAAGUAACAAGUGUCAAAACACGGGCGCUCCCAAUCCAAUAGAUCCCCAUAAUUUUAACAAGUUUUAAUUAAAUUAUCAAAUAGUGAAUUUCGGUUACGAAUAAUUGUUUUUUCUUUAUUUUGGUGUGUACAAAAGUGCAAUUUUUUACAGGAAUAGUGAUCAGUUUUGGAACUUCAAACAAUAAUUGAAACUCAAGUGUUUGUGCCAAAUAAACUGUGUGUGCAAUAAUGAAUAAUUUAUAGUAGAUAAUUUAUAAUUGAACAUAGUUAUUAUUUAUAUAAACAAUUUGGUUAAAAUGGGACAGUGUUUAUAGAAAAUGAACAAACAAGUAGAACACGAUCUUCUUAUUCCAAUUUCUUCUGAUGAAUGUGGCCAAAGCGGAGGCGAGGCCGAUAGUGACGAGGACGUCAUCACCGACUACCAUAUCCCGGUGUUGGACAUGUUGCCGCGACCCGGUCUCGGCGGGCCGCUUCCUACCAUCAGCGUGACGCCUCAUUCGCCGGCGAACAAGACUUAUCCCGUGCUCGAGGACAGCUUGCAACAAGUGCGAGAACUCCACGAAAGCGUGCAACACAUGCGAAAUGUCUCCGCUCAGAGUUCUUACGGUGCACACUCGAGAGAUUUCGCAGCAUUCGCGCUCAAUCCCUUCCUGGCACAAGUUGCAAGGCUUAGCUCAAGUUGUCCAGCUCUUAAUGAAGCAGUUCCGGAUUUAGAUAUGAUAAGUGGAUCGUUGGGAUCUUCUCCGUUACAUCAACCUCCGAGUAGAAAAGGCAGCGCUGCGCAAGAUUGGUUAUGCCAACCAGAGCCUCAAAGACGGCGAUCAUGGACUGCUCUAGAAGAUUUAACUGGCAACAAAGAGAAAAUCAAGCAAACUCGUCAAAGAAGUAUUUCUCUGAGCAGUAUGGAAUCAGAAGCAGAUGAAUCUUCUCUAGUUGACAAUGUAGAUGGCAGCACUGUGAGGUUGUUAGGACCCGAAGCUCCAGUUGUUAUCAGGCAUCGCGGUUCAAGAGGCACAAACGGUGGAGCCAGUACGCAUUCUUUGAAUGAGGCAGACCUUCAGAAUGAUUUUAACAAGCUCAAAGCAAAACGAGAAGCCGAACAACGUCUUCUGCCGACGAGGCUGCCUUUGCAAAAAUCUAUUUCAACACCAUCUAUUAUCGCCGUCAGAGAUUUAGCGCCGGAGCCUGCUUUGGCAGGUGCUCAACCCACCUUACCUAUGGGCCGACCCAGCGGAACAGAGAGUGAGACAGAAGAAGAAGGUAGCCGUUUAGGACACGCCCACUAUGAUCCCCAUUCGAUUGCACUUAUGCACCACGUUUCCUACGACCGACAUUCAGAAAAACGAAGAAAGAGAGGAAGCUUAUUCUUCAGAAAAAAAAAGGAUAAAUCAAAGAAAUUGCCUCAUCAGUGGGUCUCUGGUAGUUAUGGUAAUUCUCAUAUAUGUGAUGUUUGCACCAAAUCGUUAAGCAAUAAACCUGCUCUUUACUGUGAAAGCUGUGGUACUACUGUCCAUCAAAACACAUGUAAAGACAAUAUUCAAGAAUGCGUUAAAAUAAAAAAUGCAAAGAGUACAAGUAAAUUAUCUGGCUUUGCUGUUCCUUUGACUAAUGCAAAAAAUUCAAUUUCGAAACGUGGAUCUGCUUGCAUUCCCUCGCAAAACACUCCUACUAGCCAAAUACUUUAUGAUGAUAAAGACAGUUCGCAUGGUCAACAUGACGCUGCCAGUUAUCCCGAUGAUGUUCCUAUUAUUCAUCUGGAAUUUUUGUCGGAUUCUCCCUUGACUGCUGGUGAUCUAUGUUCGGAUUACAGUCUAGGAUUGCAUGAAACUGAACCAGACUCGUGGUCACCGUACGUUGGCAAAGAUAUAUCUCGAAAGUUGAAGGAGAAGGAGGUCAAACGACAAGAGCAUAUUUAUGAAUUCAUCCUGACUGAAAAACAUCAUUGUAUGACUCUUUUAGUUAUGCAGAAGAUUUUUGUUGACGGAUUGCACAAGUAUUUCCAAUUAGGGCCAAACUUGGAGCGAAUGUUUCCAAGGCUGGUCGAUUUGACUGAAUUACAUUUAGGAUUAUUAGCAAGACUCAGGCAGAGACAAAGGGAAAGCCCCAUUGUUUCGUCUAUAGCGGAUAUUCUUUUAGAAACAUUUUCGAAUAGUCAUGCUUCAAAGUUGAAAUCUGCUUAUGGUGAAUUUUGCAGUAGACAUCGUGAUGCUGUAGAAAUCUACAAAUAUUACUUACAAAACGAUCAGAGAUUUGGUGAAUUUGUGAGACACUGCCAAACGAAUCCACUUCUUAAAAAGAAGGGGAUACCAGAAUGCAUAUUAUUCGUUACGCAACGUCUUACGAAGUACCCUCUACUCAUAGAACCUCUAAUAAAAACUAGUAAAGAAAAUAAACCGGAGCAGGAAGCUUUGCAAAAGGCUUUGGCUUUGGUAAAAGAGAUAUUGGUAGAGGUGGACGCUCAAGUUGCGGAGAAAGAAAAAGAAGAUAGAAAGCUCGAAAUUUAUAAUAGGAUAGACGCGAAAUCGAAUACAGUGUAUAGAGGACAAAAAUUUAGAAAAUCGGAUAUUUUACAAGGCAAUCGGUCGCUUAAAUUCGAAGGAGUCGCGAUGCUGAUGCAAGGAAGAGGAAAAAUGCAGAUUGUUUUGGUUAUUGUGCUAUCUGACGUUUUAUUUUUCUUGCAAGAAAAUUCGCAUAAAUAUACGUUUUUCACUCCAGUAAGUAAAACUGGUGUUGUUUCACUUCAGAAAUUGUUAGUGAGAGAAAUAGCAGGACAAGAUUCAAGAGGCAUUUAUUUAAUUUCAUCAGAUCCGGCUGAUCCGGAAAUGUUCGAGCUAAAAGUGCACAAACCUAAAGAUAAACAAAUUUGGAUUCAAGCAAUAAGAGAGGCAGUUCAGUGUUGCCCAGAAGAUGAAGAAGACACGAUAGCUCUAAGUUCAGAAGAGAAACAGACUCUUAUGAACGCGAAACAGAAUCAAGUUCGUCAACUUAUCGAAGCAGAUAUGGACCUCGAAGGUCAAUUGCGACAGAAGGAUAUAGAACAGGCGUUAUUAUUAGAAGAGAAAAUGUCGCUUCAGUUGCGACUUUUGGCUGCUGCUGGAUUGGAACCUCCUUCUCCUCCAUCGUACAGACAUCUUGUGAGUGAGAAUGCUGAUACAAGUCAAAUGUGGAAAGAAGUUUUAACAGCAGUUCAAGAGGUGAGUCAUCUAGCUAGUUCGUUGUAUACUACUGGAACAAAUCUUUCGAGAAGCGUAAGUUCCGUUGGGGAGCACCAAAGCGAGACCUACGUCUCGCCGAUAUUACCUAAGAGGGCGGAAACCUUUGGUGGAUUCGAUAAUAAUCAAGGUCCUCUAAAAUUGCUGGGAAAAAAGCUGUCGACGUCCGGAACACCCGCCGGUACUCCUGACUUCGAAAAUCUCAAACCUGGUGAUUCGAGAUUAUUUGAACGGUUGCCUUAUAGAAAUUGUGUGAUAACAGCAGGGCCUUUAACUAAUGGUAAUAUAUUAAAUGUAAGUAGCGAAUCUCCCAAUCAACAACAUAAUAUUGCGUCAGCGCCCGACGGUCCAGCGUUACUUUCACUCGGCAGAGAGCAGCAAUACGCGGCCAUACAACUGUCGCAUUAUGUUUACACGUUACUGUGUAUCAUUUCUCAGCUGAUGACAACUAACGAAAGCUUGCAAGCACAAGUCAUGACGCUAAGAGGCGGCGCAGAUUCAAAGCAAUACCGACACAAUCAGCAGUUAGAGGAGUUAAGAAAUCUUCAAGAUAAGCUAAGCGGAGAGAAGGCAGCAUGGAAUGCUUUGAAAGAACAAGAAACUAAAGAUCUAGAGGAAAAGAAAGCUGAACUUCUGAGAUUGCAGGAACAAAUUCGUGCCGAACAAGACGACAUCACUCAGCAGAGAGAACAGUUGUUUAGAAAAAUGGAAAUGCUUACUAACAAAGGUUUAUUAGUUAAUGUUCCAAUAACUGGGAGUAUCGCUGAUGAUAGCAGUAAAGAUACUUCGGAAGACAGCAGUCCACAAUCUGAUUCUUCUUCUGCUACAAGUGCAGUAAGUUCCGGUGCUUCGGGAUGUGGUAGCAGUUUGACUCAUUCAUCAUCUUCGGUUGAUAGAAGAAAAGAUUCCAAAUGGGGAAAAGGUAAUGCACAAGUAAAGCAGCAACUUCCUCUUAAUUUGAUAUCUGCUACAAAUCAACAAAAAGUAUCCCAAAAUGUUCACAUCAAACAGCAAAUUCCUUUUAAAUUGGCAUCGAAAUUGAGCGGCGAAGUUUCCAAAACUGGCAUGGGCGGAGUUCAACAGAUGUUACCUUUAAAGUUAAGCCAGGAUGAAAAAGUAAGAAGAACCAGCACUUCCGGUUAUCAGCGACUGGGUUCUGAUAAUAGUUUUAGUCCUCCGUCAGGAGAUACGACUCCCACAAGUAUACCGCACGUUCACAGCCGAACGGGUUCUAGUCCGGCGAUGAUGCAGGCCUCGCCGCCUAAUUCAGCACCCUCGAGUCAGUGUCACAGUCCAGGGAGUGCUAAAGCAACUCGAACGCACACUUACCCCAAACUGCCGGAUAAGUUCAAAGUCAGGAACGACCAACAGCCACCCACCGAUGAGGAAGUGAUAUAUUUCUGACGACUCUCCAGUAGGACGAGACAUUUUAUUUGUUCCCUUAUUAAUACGAAGGUAUAGGAUGUUUUGUGGUUUUUAUUUUAUUGUAAAAUGAUGACGGGGUAAUGUAUCUUGAAUCAGGAGGUUAUUAAAAUAUAUUAACAAGUUUUUGCUUUUUUAAUUUUAUUUAAUCACGCAAAACUUGUUUGGAAAUAUAUUUUAUAGUUAGGAGUACUGAGAUAUUUAAUUUAUUUUGGUAUUUUAUUAUCUAAUAGACGAUUUAUGUUCAGCGCUAACAAAUAGAAAAAUGCGAUUAUAGUUAAAAAAUUGCUUAAACAAAUAAAUACGUUAGUCGUUAGAUGAUAGGUAAAUUUAGUUGUCUAAUUGAAUAUAUUUUUCUAAAUAUCAGAAAUAAUUUAGAUCAUUUAAAAAUUCAUAAAUACUUAUAAAACAUAAAAUUUUAGAUGUAUUAUUUUUUUUUUCGUCAAAUAAUAUUUUAAAUAAUACACUGCUCAAAAUAUUUAGUGUAAUCUUUUGUAUCUGAAUAAAUUUUAAAUGUUACCGGUAUGCAACUCUAAAACGUGUUACAUAGAAACAUAUUUUAUUACAAUAAAUUCGCAAAAACUAAACUUAAAGCACUUUUAAUUCUAAGAAACUACAAGAAACAAAGAUAGAGAGUAAGCGUCCUAUAUGCAAAUAUUAAACUUUAGAGUGAAAAUGUGGGUUACUAAUAAUAAUGUCUCUGCCACUAGCACGAAUCACCGCUUGUUACUUCCAAGACAUGCUUCACACAAGUUUUCUUCCUGUUGUAUAAUCUCUUGCUCUUCGAUUAAAGCAUAUGUUAGCUGCUGGAGAUACUGAGGUAGUUUUGAGCGCUUUCAAACACGUCUGGCUGAAAAAUUCCCAAUUGGGGAGGCUAGCCCAUUGAUUGAAUUGCAUGGUGUUGAUUUGACGCAGGUGUAACUGUUGGAUCGACGUUUCAUGGUGUUUAGUGUACAUGAAACUUCCACAAUACGAGUUCUUUCGUUGGGACUAAUUCCGCGUAAAUCCAUAAAAAACUAAGCUAUACAAAAGUAGUGGUCUCAAACGUUGAAGUUGCCAUGAUCUAAAACAAAAUGUUCAUAACAAUUUAUGUGGUAGUACGGGUUUAUUUAAAACAGUUUGGCUUCUCUCACGCUAUAUUGCAAAAUUGUAUGUCAAGCAUUGAUGCUCUGUUAACUUUUAUUAUGAUCUGAUUGAUUAAUAUGAACAUUCAUUACUAAUAAACGUCUCUCAAAGUUUAACAGACUCAAAGCUUAAAAAACGGUCUUUAAAAAAUUUAGAUUAUGAAAUUAACUUUGGUAUUUAAGUUUCUUAAAAUGGUUAGUCUGACUUUAAAGAGUCUUUUAUAUAUGGAUCAUUAUUUGUAAUACCGGUAGUAUUUAAAAAGAUGUUCAGAUACAAACAAGAGUUCAUAUGAUGUUUUAUUGAGGUACAUUCCAUUUCAAUUUGACAAAGAAUCUUUUGAUAUAAGAUAUUUUACUCCUAUGACUUGUAACUUUUUUAUUUUAUUUAUUAGUAUUUAUUUAGCGUUAGGUUGUAAUAGGUGAUUUUAAAACAGAUCUGACAUUAUUUUCGAAUAUUUCUCAACUAAUUCUAUAUAGUAUAGUGAUUAGUGUCUCAAUUUUCAUAGAAUGUUUAAAACGUACUUGCGUUUUGUCUUCCUUGUUUUGUUCGAAUCAGUAUUUUUUGAAUAUACUCAAAUCUUGUGACAAUACGAU